GUAAACAAACAAUUUUCAUCUAAAAGUCCUGCGCUGCUGAUAAGAAAUAGGGCUGAGAGUGUGCAUUGAGUAAGUAAGAGAAUGCAGGGGAUUUUUCGUGAUACACCAACACCUUCGCAGGAUUGCGAGCAUUGAUUAAAACAUAACCCUAAUAAAUUUUUGCUGCUGUUGCUGGUCUGUCCAUCCGAUGGCUCUUGAAUGUUUAUUUUUCCGCGACGAGAUUGCAUUGAAGUUGUUGUUGGAUGUUUCAUUUGUUGUUGUGAAUCGUUUGUUUUGAUACCGGUUUUUUGCAUGUUUCGGCAAUGGAUGUAGAAGGGCUGCAUGGUCACUUUUUCGUUUUUGCUGCACAAAACUCUGACGGUGUCAACUGAUUGCCGGGUGGAUAACUGUACCCGUAGAUGGCUGUGAUAACACAUCUGAACUAAAUUAAGCGCACUAAUCUAACGGAGCAGGAAACGCUUCGAGUCAAAUUCUAGUUUUAACAUUUACCCGCAAUGGAAACGACAAAUUCGGCACUGAACACAUCUAACACGGCAGUCACUAGCAUGCAGAUGCCCCCGGAGUCAUCGCCGAUGAAGGUCAAUUGUCUCAGUAAACCUUUCCAAUGUACAGAAUGCGAUAAACAAUUCCGGCAGCUGAGUACGCUGACUAAUCAUAUGAAAAUCCAUACCGGUGAUAAGCCCUACAAAUGCCCUGUAUGUUCGAAAGAAUUUCGACAAACCACGACGCUAUCUAAUCAUUUGAAGAUACACACAGGUGAAAAGCCGUUCCAUUGCACGUACUGCGGCAAACAGUUUCGACAGCUGAGCACACUUUCCAAUCAUCUCAAAAUACACUCAGGAGAGAAACCCUACGAGUGUUCAGUCUGUGGCAAACAAUUCCGACAGAGCAGUACACUAAACAGCCACAUCCGUAUUCACUCGGAUGACAAGUUUUCUGUGAAACCCUUCAAAUGCAAUGUUUGUCCCAAGGAGUUUCGGCAGAUAACAACUCUGUCAAACCACCUGAAAAUUCACACCGGUGAAAAACCUUACUUGUGUGGAUAUUGCAAUAAAAGUUUUAGACAGACAGGAACGCUUUCAAAUCAUCUUAAAAUACAUACCGGCGAAAAGCCGUACGAAUGCUCUGUGUGCCGAAAACAGUUUCGACAGUCUAGUACGCUGAAUUCUCACAUUCGAAUCCACGCGGAUGAUAAGAUCUGUAAAAUUUCCCCCUCUCCGCUGCCGACCACUGUGACCACAAUUACGAUGAAGCUCGAAGACAUAAAGCCGCCGCUGUAUACGAUGAUUUAGGUAUGCAAAACAUCGCGGCACCCUCUGAUUAAGGUAGUUUAGCGAAUGCCCAGGUUGGCGUCGCAGUAGCAGCCAUCUUUUUCGUUAUCCAUCGUUAGGUUAUUUGAAGUGAUUUGCUCUGCAUGUUAGAGAAAAAGAGGAUAACAAAGGUUGCACUCUUUGACUUGAGAUUUCAUCAAUUUUAAUUAUACUUGUACAUCAGAAUCUUGAGAGGUGUUCGCAAUUACUACGUAUUGAUUUAUUUAGUAAACAGUAAACAGAUAUUGCUAUUAAUAAUUUCAUGGCAUUAAAAUGUAUUCCUUUUCUGGGCUGCUGUGCUAGAGUGACUAGCCCAACGAAUUUUCAAAAUUUGAAGCAAUUGUAGACAGAGUCAACAUCGAUGGUAACGCUUAUUUCAUUUUACCUUUUUUAUGAGAAUAAAGAUUUCUCAAAAGCUAGUUGUUGCUUAGUAAUGGUUUUGUUUCGUUAAAAUUAAACUAAGUAGAAGUGUCAGUAGCGUUUUUUAGUUUCAGGUUUCUGAGAGAAAUUCAUUGAAAGACUUGACUGGUUAAACGAAUUUUUAUAGUCCGGACCUCCUGUCAGUCUGCGACAAUAAUGGCCACUUGAACUUGCUGAAAGAAGAUGUAACUUGCAAGAAAGCAGACAAAAAUGAACUCGAUGCGUGAGUGAGUUUUAAUUUUAUUAAACUGUUUCUAACAACCUGCGUACGAACUGCUACAGAUUGGAACACUUUUUUGUACGUUAAAAGCAUGGAAAAGGUCCUCGGCGAUGGUAAAGUAUGGACAACAACUCAACAUUAAACUUUUAAUGUAAAGUAAAAGUUUAAAAGGUAAAGAUUCGAAACGUAUCUUCUACAGGGCCAUAAUUAUAUUAUUAAAACAAUAUAAAUUACGAAAAACAAAUUAUUGUACUGUGUAUUAUUAUACAUGAUAACAAUUAUAUAAUAAACAUUGAUUAAAAGUAAACUCUGAUGCAGAAAUAAAAAGGCAGUAGGUUUUUCAGAACAAAGCAUAGAGAAAAAAAAAACAAACAAAAAAUAACCAACUAUCAGUGCACCGGCAUCAGUAGCUUCCCUGGUACUUUUACGAAAAGGGUAUGUGAUAUACAAAGAAUGAUCGGGUAAUAAAGUUAUUGAAGACCAUGUCGUGUAAACACACAGGCCAAAACCAAUAUUUUGGUAUCAUGAUUCGAGUUUGAAAAGUCGGGUAAAACAAAAACAAAGAUCUGCAGCAGGGGAAAGAACACCGGUGCGGAAUAUUAAUUUAUUAACCAUCAAUCAAUGCUUGCAAUCAGGUGUAGAUCAGGAGUCAUCACUAGAAGAGAGGUAGAAAACAAGUGAGAGAGGAAGCAGGAAAACUGCUUCGAACAUUUUGAACCACACGCAAUCAUAUACCAUACCAACCAUUCAGCAGAGCAUAAUAUGAACUGUAGGCGAGGAGAGGUCAGGUGCAGCGGAUACAAACACUGUUCCUAAUAAGCAUCCCUUAGUCAGAGAUAGCGAAGAAUAAAUGAAAUAAUGAAUCCUUCAGGAAGGACGCACAUACGGCGGGCGGGGCGGACGAGUGUAACUCGAGUGUUUCGAAUAUUUCUCAAAUACAGGAAAGAUAACUCUAGCAUUGAGGGUAAACGGCUAAACAUUGAACUGCGAGUGCGAAAGAGAGAACGAGCGUAACUGCUAUAUAUAUUAUGCGAAAACGAAAGUAUAUAUAUUAUGUGAAUAAUAAAUGUUUUUUUUUACAAAAUCA